UAAACAUGGCGGACUGUAGGGAGCGAAUCUAGCAAAGAAGGAAGGAAACAUUUGAUCAUUAUUGCCCGUACGUGAAGUGGAUGAUUCAGCAGGAGAAGCCCCAGCUGGCAGGCACCAUGCCGGUGGUGUGGCCAACACUUCUCGAUCUCAGCCGAGAUGAAUGUAAACGGAUCCUGCGCAAGCUGGAGUUGGAGGCGUACGCCGGAGUGAUCACUGCGCUCCGUGCACAGGGAGAUCUCACCAAGGACAAGAAGGAUCUGCUCGGGGAGCUCACCAAGGUCUUAAGCAUCUCAACCGAGCGUCAUCGGGCAGAGGUGCGGCGAGCAGUGAACGAUGAGCGCCUCACAACCAUCGCGUACCACAUGUCCGGGCCGAACAGCUCCUCCGAGUGGUCCAUCGAGGGCAGGAGACUGGUCCCUCUGAUGCCCAGACUGGUGCCUCAGACGGCUUUUACUGUGACGGCCAAUGCGGUCGCCAGUGCCACGGCACACCAGAACUCGUCACUGCUUCUGCCUUCAGAGACGGGCAACAAAGAAGUGGUGGUUUGUUAUUCGUACACCAGCACAACAGCCACGCCUCCCAGUGUAUCCACUCCCAGUUGCAGCACCGCAACUGCUGUCAAGUCACCCCGACCUGUAAGCCCGGCUUCCAAUGUGGUGGUGCUACCCAGCGGGAGUACGGUCUACGUGAAGAGCGUGAGCUGCUCGGACGAGGACGAAAAGCCCCGCAAGCGCCGGCGGACCAACUCCUCCGGCUCCUCCCCCGUGCUGCUGAAGGAGGUCCCUAAGGUGAUCCUGCCCUCCACAAAGAGCAUUGCGGUGCCGGUAAGCGGCAGCCCCAAGAUGACCAACCUGAUGCAGAGCAUCGCCAACUCUCUGCCGCCACACAUGUCUCCGGUGAAAAUCACCUUCACCAAGCCCAGCACACAGGCCACAAACGCCACCACCCAGAAGGUCAUCAUUGUUACGACGUCCGCGGGCUCCAGCUUCGUACCGAACAUCCUCUCCAAGUCGCACAAUUACGCGGCUGUGUCCAAGCUCGUGUCCAGCUCAGGAGUGACCUCGUCCACUCAGAAGCAGACCAUGGUGAUUUCAGCGGCUAACACCUCUGCCACCAGUUCUGGCUCUGUCGCUGUGACAACCGUGGUGUCCUCCACCCCGACGGUAGUCAUGUCAACCGUAUCGCAAACCGGGUCGUCAGCAGCAGUGAAAGUCGCCUCUGCCAGACUUCCCUCGCCCAAGACUCUGGUGGGCUCUCCGUCUCAGAUCCUCCAGUUCCCCAAACACCAACUCCAACAGCAGCAGCAAUCCAUGUCCCCUAAGAGUCUGUCUGGCUCUUCUGUUUCGUCCACACUUCAGACGUCUUUCGCUGGCUCGGGGCCCAAACCCACCAUACAGAUCAAACAGGAAUCAGGUGUGAAGAUCAUUACACAGCAGAUGCAGCCCAGUAAGAUCUUACCGAAGCCCUCGACUGCGGCCAUGACGAGUAGCAGCUCCGCUCCCAUCAUGGUGGUGAGCAGCAAUGGAGCCAUCAUGACCACAAAACUGGUCUCCACCCCUACAGGAACCCCGGCUACCUACACCCGGCCUUCUGUGGCCCCCUCUAUCGGAGCGCGAAUGGCAACGGCGCCAGCUGGGACCACAUAUGUCAAAACCACCAGCGGCAGCAUUAUAACAGUGGUGCCCAAGUCUUUGGCCUCACUGGGUGGGAAGAUCAUCAGCUCCAGCAUGGUGUCUGGUACCACCACAAAGAUCACCACUAUACCCAUGACCUCCAAGCCUAAUGUCAUUGUGGUGCAGAAAACCACUGGGAAAGGAACCACCAUCCAGGGUUUACCCGGGAAGAACGUCGUCACCACGCUCCUAAAUGCUGGGGGGGAGAAGGCUCUGCAGGCUGUGGGGACGAAGCCGGCUAUCAUCACGGCACCUCGGCCCAUAACCAAGAUGAUCGUAACUCAGCCGAAAAAUCUGGUAUCGGCCAUGCAGCCAUCCACCACUACCAAGCUCAUCCCCACUAAGAUCGUCUACGGCCAACAGGGCAAGACUCAGGUGCUGAUAAAGCCGAAGCCCAUGGCGUUUCAGACGGCUGUGGUGAACGAACAGACGAGGCAGCUGGUCAGCGAGACGCUGCAGCAGGUGACCCGUGGCCCUGAGGCUGGUGUGGUACCAGGCUCCAGCCAGGAGGGGGCGCACAAGAAUGCGUCUCCGGCUUACGUGGACAGCGGCGCAGCAUCCUCAGACAGCUCUCAUGACACCCAGUCGGUGGUCCAUGUUAUCAGCUCGAGGGCUCAGGACUGGACAGAGCAGGAGGUGUCAGUGGAAGCAAGUCCCACCAUCAUUUACCAGGACAUAAGUAAAGAGGCUCAGUCUGCCACGUCCACCAUUAAAGCCCUGCUAGAGCUGCAGCAGACCACAGCGAAGGAAAAGGUCGAGGCCAAACCCCGGGCGCACACGAUCGAUCUGAGUCAAAUGGCAGUGCCCAUGCAGAUGCCCGCUGAGAGGAGACAGUCACCCGAGCCCUCGGGCCAGGCCGCAGGCGAGCCCGACACCCCAGCGAACGCCACCGCUGUCGGUAAAGCCGGGAAGGCUACAGGAGGAGGUGAGGUGACCGUGUCCAGCAGUCAGUCACCAGGUCUGUCCUCUACGGUGAAAAUCUCCAGCUCUGCUUUCUCCACCAGCACCAGCACACUCAGCACUCAGGCGGGCACUGGCAAGCCGCCUGAGGUGCAAACAGUAGUGGAAGAGGGCGAUUUAGAGGGCGAUACAUUAGACCCUCAAACUGGAUUGUUCUACAGAUCCGUAAAUCUUCCUACCCCGUCUGCUCCUCCUCCACCUCCUCCGCUACAGCAGCACCGCGUUCCCUCUCACAUCACCGGCAAACCAGUCGUGCCUCCCACCAUCACACCCGCCAAAACUACCCCCAAAACCACCCCCAUGCAGACCGAAGUUUCCAAAAGCAGCCCCACCGUCAGGCCCUCUGUUCCAGCGUUAACCCCAAGAAUAGAGAAGCCCUCCGGAUCUCCCUCCUCCUCCGUUUCUACCCCUUCUGGAUCGGGAGUUCAACACAGUCCCGCAGCUAAACCUGCGCACACUCCGCAGCUGCCCCGACUGCAUCAGGCGCCGAGCUCGCACAAAAGGCCCAACAUACACACGCAGCUCUCUCAGCCGCCGCCACUGCAGGCUCACCACCCCGUCGGCUCGGACAAAGCAGCCAGCAGCAGCAGCCAGGUGCAACAGCCGAUCAUCACGCAGGGCGCGGCCGUCACCAAAAUUACGUUCGGCUCCCCUCCCGUGUCGAGCAGCAGCAGCAGCAGCAGCGAGGCGGCCGUGAAGCUGCAGGCCGAGUCGAGCUCCGAGAAGCCCGGCGCCUCCGAUACCCUGAAGAUCUCCAUGAUGGAGGCCGAGGUCGAGCCGGGUGCCGAGGCCGUGGUGGUGGGUUCGUCCAGCGACCGCGGCACCUUCAGCAAGGCGGCUUCCACGUCGCCGCUCAUCAGCAGCACCAAACGCGUUUUCGGGCGCGUCUCCAAAAGCAAAGACGUGGAUGUUAUACAGGUGAUCCCACAGUACUCCAUUAUGCCUGACUCGAGCCAGUCGAACGUGGUGGUGGAGCCCAGCGGCUUUCUGGAGAUCACCGACUACACCAGCCAGCGCCUGGACGACGAGGCCACCAUGGAACAGGAAGUGGACAGCAGCAACGACGAGGGCACGGCGCCCAGUCCCAUGGAGACCUGCGCUGACCAGUCUCAGUAAACUGAUGCGCCAGGAACACUGCAGUAGGAGAAUGUGGUUUGACUGGUGGCGUGGCUGGAAUUUUUCCUGAAAAGAACUUCCUGAAGAGCAUUGUACAGUAAAACGUAACUGUUCUGAAGUUCUCCGCACAUUUCACAUGAUAGCUUUUAAUUACAGAUCAGUAUUGUACGAUGAAGUGAAACAAUAUUUGUGUUUUUUUUUAAGUUGCCGUCCUGUUGUAAUAUAACAGGACUUUCCGAGGAGUGCAGGCGUGUAUUUAUCUGCUCACAUUCAAACCUGUGAUGGACCUUAUAGGCGAUGAUGUGGAAUAAGAGCACGAGCUCUUGAUUCGGAAGAAGUUGAGGUCAAGUUUUAUCUUUGGUUAACCCAUAACGCCACGCUGUUCCGUCAGGAUGUAAAUGAAGUUACCAUGACACGCUGGUAGUUAUAGAAUUGUACAUUCUCAUCCUCAGUGCUGAAUUUCUCUGUUUCGUUGUCGUAUCUGAAGCUCUUCUGCUGGUGUAGUUACAGGAUUUGAUAUCUGAUCAUGUAUAGUUCAUUAUUUUAUAUUAUAUCUAAACUUUAAUACAAGAUUUUCAUCCGAAUCUGUGAUGGUGUUUUUGUCAGAGUCGAAUUGCAUCAUGUGAUGCUGAAGAAUUAAAAAAAAAAAACAUGUUUCACUUCAUGUUGUAG